UGCGGUUGGCAAUUAAUAAAUAAACUAGUAUAUUUUCGUAAAAGUCGAAUUAAAUUUUUUAUUUAUCGCGUAAUUAUAUUGAAUCUUAGUGCUUGAACUGCUAUUUAUAAAAUUAUUAAACGAUGGCUGAGUUUGUUAGCUAUUCUGGAGAAAAGUUGCUUCCUGAAUAUGAAUAUAUUAGGCAAAAAAAACUUUGCUCUGACGAAGAAAUAAGGGAAAUAAUUAAGCAAAGGGAACGGAUGCAUUUUAAAACAUCGAAACCUAGUCGAACCGUUAAUGAUUUUGUUGAGUACAUAAAAUUUGAAAGCAGCUUAUUAAAAAGAAUCAAAGCACGUGAAAGUCUUUCAGGUCCUUCCCGCUUGCAAAGCUCAAUGGCCAAUAAUAUAAAAAAUAUAUACAAAAUUGGUUUAAGUUAUUAUCCGGAAAAACUAAAAUUUUGGCUUGAAUAUAUUAAAUUUCUAAAACUACAAGGAUACCAUUUCGAAGUACCCGGGACAUAUGAGAAAAUGUUAAAAUUCCAUGGUGACAAACCAUAUGUUUGGGUAGAAGCAGCAGUGUUUGAAUAUGAUGAAGCACACGAUAUUGACAGGGUCAAAUCAAUAUUUUUUCGAGGGUUACAAAGACAUCCUGAUGAUAUCGAAAUGCACUUCGAGUUCUUUAAAAUAAUGUUAUUUGAAACCAGUAAAAUGAGUACAGAAUUAACGUUGCAGAAUAAUACGCAAUCAGAACAAUCUAUUGGACUAGAACGUGUUGAAAUAAUUUAUAAAAAUGCAAAGAAAAAAAUUACAGAUAUUGAAUAUUACAUUCAAGUUUUAGCUACAACGGAGUUAUAUCCUUUUACAAAAGGCUUACAAAAGAUGAUCAUUUCCGACAUGAUGUCCCAAUUUCCAUUGUGUGAAAAAAUUUGGCAUAUUUUUGCUCAGCGCGAAUUAAAAGGGUUUAGUUUUAGUAAUUUGGAUAAACCAGAUGAAGAGGCAAACAUUGCCUCACAGUUAAGUUCAGAAGAUCAAAAAGAUAAUGCGAGAUCACUGAUAUCAUUUGCAAGAUCCUCUGCUCCAGGAUUCGAGAAAAAAACUUUAAAACAAAGAAUUAAAUGUUGUGUGACAAUGUAUCGAAGUGCCGUAAGAGAGAUCAAAACUGAAGCAAUGUGGAACUAUUAUUUGAAUGCAAUGCUGGAGUUAAAUCAAGAUUUAUCAACACAAAAAAAUUAUAAAAGAGAAAAGUUAGGAUCAGCUUUAAAAGCGGCACAUGAAGCUAAUUUUAUGUCGGAAUAUUUUUAUGAUUUAUAUAUAGAUUUAUUAAAGGAAGACAAAGUUGGACCUUGGGAUUAUUUGAUUGAGAUAAUGAAUUCAGCUGUCGAAAGAUAUCCUCAAAGCAUAAAACUGUGGGAACAUUUAACCACAUUCUAUACUAUCAAAGACGAUGCCACAAUGGUAGAAGAGUCAUUUAGGAAAGCUAAAGAUAAAUUAGGAUCUUCAUCUGCAAAAUUAUACAAAAUUUUACUCCAAUACUAUCAAACAAAACCAGAUUGCUAUGAUAGAUUGGAUUCAAUAUACAAUGAAGUCUGCAAAGAAACUGCUGAAGAUUUUUUGAAUUUUAGAGUUGAUUAUUUAGAGUACACUGCAUUGGUAAAAGAAGAUUUUGAAUUAACAAGAAAAUUGUAUGACGAAUUAACGCUAUUGAGUCCGGCAGUUUUAACAUUGCAUGAAACAAUGGCAUACUUGGAAUCUACACAGCUAAAACCGAAUAUUGCUCGCUGGAGAAAAUGUUAUGAAAAUGCCACAAACCUGUUUGGAAAGUCUAGUAUACAAAUUUGGUUAAAUUAUUUAAGGUUUGAAAGGGAUCAUGGAAAUCCAAAACAGUUAACAAUACUAUUUGAAAGAGCAAAACAAUCGUUAGAUGCAGAACUAGUUGUAAAUUUUGUAUCAGAUUAUCAACUAUUUAUAACAGGUCUAAUAUAAAAUAAAAUAUAUUUUGGUGUUUAAUUUU